AUGAAUAGUAGUGAAAAAGAAAAGCUUAAGUAUCAAGAACAUGGUGUAAAGAUAUUUAAGAAUGAAAAGAGACAGAUUAACAAGAGAAGUAAACAAAAAAAAAGGAACAAUAUGCACCUGAAUAAUGAGGUCAAUG